AAUGACUUGGAAUCUUCAUGGAAAUGACUUCUCCUAGUAUGUGUUCAAAUCUUCAAACAGGUCAUAUCAAGUUGCUGUACUCUGUUAUUAUUUUCUUAUCCUCACCAUAGCCACGUACAGUGGUGCAGUCCAAAAGAUUGAAUAAACAAAAGCUAAGAUGACCUGUAGAAAAAAAGUCAUUCGUUACCUCACAGAUAUACCCAGUGACCAGUAACUGACCCCAUUGACUUGACAAGGCCUUUGUCACUCUAAGACCAGCAGCAACCAAGUUCCACUUUUCCAUCUCAAUAGUUUUACAACCAAGGAGUGGAACACUUUUCCAGACUUUGCAGUGAAGUUACCAAUUUGAUCACUCCCAGUCAUCUUGCGUGACAUGCAUUUGACUGUGUGGCCCCCAUCCAUUCAUGCCUGGCUUUUAUGCACAAUGAAAGCCCAGCCAGAAAGAACCGCGGCAAAAGAGGAGUUUGCAGCUUAAAGUCACAUUUGAGUCAGUUCUCUGAACUGACAAUUGGUUUUUGUUUAAUUACAUUGAUUGGUUGAAAGUGAAACCACACAGAUGUUCACUGUUGGGUCAGUGUGUCAUCAUAGACAUCAAGAACUUAUCACGUUCUUGAGCAUGUGUAUUUUAAAUGAGCAGUUAGCUUAGAGAUCACAAUUCUUCAGUCACCAAAUUUUUCCUUGCUCUGAACUUUUAGAGAUGCUGCUAUUUGAAUCAAUAUUAAAUUUGUAGAAAUGUUCACAUCUUGAUUCCUAGAUUCAGUUGAUGCUGAAUGCAGUCAUGUCACAAUGUUUUCCCCUGCAGAAAGCUGCUGGAACAGUCAAUCCGCCCUCCAAGUCAGUCUAUAGCUUUCUGGAUGAUCCUGCUCGCUACGGUGCUGACCCACAACACGAGAGACCUCCUAGGGGAAAUCGGCAGGAUAGGGGUAGACGAAACCAACGUAAUCGAGGAGCAGUGGAUGUUGACAAUGCAGGAGGGAGGAAGAAAGAACAACGUAAGCGAGGGGGUUCCAACCAAGGCCAGAGGGAGCCUGACCCAGAUGCAGAGACCACCAUCACGAUGACGGGCAAAGAGAGACAAGAAUAUGAAGAAUGGAAACGAGAACGGGAGAAGAUUGAUCAAGAGAGAAUACGGCGCCAUCAACAGGCAGCAGCUCGCCAGGAAAUGAGAUGGAAUCCUUCAGAUGAUUGGGAUAUAGAUAUCAAGGCAACUGAGGAUCAUCAGGCUAGCCAGGGAGAGAUGAGCAUUGGACACUGGGAUGCAACAGAUGCAGGCACAGAGCAGAGAGAGAAAAGAGCAGGUGGUAGUCACUUUGAGCAUGAUGAUCGUGCGGGAGAGACGCGCCCCCAGCAUAACAAUCGCAUUGGCAGUGGUCGAUUCACGCAUGAUAAUAACCAGCGUGGAAGUGGACGAGGAGGUGGGCGUGGUUUCAGCAGAGGUGGGCGAGGCCAGGAUCAAGGCAGGCGAGGCCGUGGAAGUUACGACCGCGGAGGAAGUCGACCCGGCAGGAGAUCAGGACCAAGUGAUCGAGAAAUGUCACAAAUGGAUAUACGGACCUUACCAGAUGCGAACACUUACCAAGCCCAGCAAGCCUCUGAAAAGAGCUUUCAAGAAUCGCCAAUUGGCCAGUGGCAGCCAGCAACGGCUGAGAGCUGGGAUAUCAAAGACACGCCCCUUCCAACCAAGGCAGAGGGAGGGACUUCAGUGAAGGAGAUAGCCAAAGAGACGGAGAAUCUACGUAUCGGGCCACUCCCUAGCCCAUCUGGUGCAGGAGAUAAUUGCAAAUCUCCCCUCAGUCCUCUGUCUCCCUUCACACCAACAGGACACACCUUCCUAGCAGACUGGGCUGCAGAGAGUGAGGCCACGGCAGCUGAAAGCUUUAAUCUGCAGGGAGACCUUGUUUAUAGUAAUUCCAACACAGAGCAAGGAUCCUGAUUGUUGAAUAUAUGCAUGAAGGCAAUCGACCGCACAAUGUGCCUGUCUUAGAAAUCUUUGAGCGUGAACACUGGCAUGUCACUUUUACAAGCCAUUAAUUGCUGCAUGUUUUAGACAAACAGAUGGACUUGCGGUGUGGAAAUAUUUACAUUGCAUCUUGAUCUUUCUAUAUCAUGGCUAGCAGGAAAACUUACACUGAUAAAGCAUUGCUACAUGUUGAUUACAUUCAGUCUCUUUUUAACUCGAUGUGUAGUCUUAAAAAUUUGACGCUUUAACACUGUGACACUUUCAAAUCAAAUGUAUGCAAAUACAUUGAAUAAUUACACAUAAUCCAACGAUAAUAUAGUGAUGAAUUUGUUUUAUUCACUAUGGAAUACUUUGUGAAAUCGUCCACUGCUUUGUAAGCUACCAUGCAUAGCUGAUGUACAUGUACAUAAAACUGUUGAAAGAUAUUGUAAAACACGACUGUCAUAGUCAUCAUGCCACGGUAAAAUUGAUAAUGAUGCUGUAAUACGCUACUGUAAUUUGAUCAAUUCUUCUUUUCUCCAGGUCUUGCUGUACUGAAGGUAAUUUAUAUAAUGCCGGUAAUUUGUAUAAUGCCCCUUGAAUAUUGAGUUUUUAUCUUGGGCCAAUUCCAUCAAGCUGACAAGCUGAAUGCAUUUGAAAUAAGAACUUGGCAAGCACUGUGUAAUGUGCAUGUAGGGAGUACUUGAGUUGACUAUACCUCUGCCAAGAAAGAUCAAUAUGGAAUUAUAAAGACAUGGUUCAUUGGGUCUUUUGUUCCGUUGGUAACAAUUUAAGAAAUGCUAUGAGCACAUAUAUAUAAAUACUUCUGAAGGUAUUGAUGGCUUACAAAGAUUCAACUUGACAGUUAGGUACAUAAUCAUGGUGUGUUGAGUAUUAUCAACAAUAGCAUGGUUGCCAUACUAUCAUGGGAAACAAUCUACUUCUUAACCACAUGGGUAUACUCCUAAUGGUAUGGGAAGGCAUGGUAUCUAUGGCAUCACUUGGGUUCUGUGAUCACUUUGUCAAGUUGCUUCUGGCCUUUCAUGCCAUUAGUGUAUCCCAGAAGACGCUGAUUCUUUGAUGGUCAGGUUUCCAAGCUACCACAUGCAUCCCAAGAAGUGCUGGCGUGCAAUCCUAAAUGGUAGCAUAGCUUGAAUACCAUACCCUAAAUAAACAGACACAAAAGAUUAAAUUUUCAGUGUCCAUUAAUGACACCUUGGUGUUACCGAUGUGCAUAAUUGAGUCACAGAGAGCAGACAGGUGGCCUUGAAAUGUGAGCUGCAAACGAAUAACAAGUGUAACUUGACACAUUGAAUUUGAUGUCCUCAAUGUUGAUUCUCCUGUCUUAUUUACACCUAGGAUAAAACCAUCCAGUUGCUUUCAAUGUUUUAAAGACUGUCUAAGUUUGCCAAGCUACCUGUAAGAGGAGGAAUGACGAAAUUUGUUGGUCAUCACCAGGCCAUUAAGCCAUUUUUGGCAAUCUCCAAGAUUGUAUGGGUUGUAUUGUGUAGUUACAUUUACAUGGAAAAUUGGUUUUGGAGAUGGAUCUAUGAGGGGAAAACUGUAAAAAAGGAUGUGAAUUUUGUUGGUUUGGUUGCGCAUCCAAAAUUACUGGUAUUCCUGCUAAUGAAGUUCUGUAAUGCCUUCAAAACACUUCCUAGGAAACCAGCAAAAUGUACAUGUAUACCAAAUUUAUUCAAUGCAAAACAUUUUUUUCAACUCAUUUCUUUUUCAGAAGUUUUUUGCGUUGUGUAAGCAAUGAAAUUUAAAAGAUUUUGUUUCAAAACUAUUAUUUUUUGUAUAUUUUUGCUGAAAUAUGAGGGUUUGCUACAUUGGCAACUGUUUAUAUAUCAUUGUAAGUUUCAUGUGUUUUGUUAAUCUAGAAUUUUAGAUUUCAGUUCAAUUAAAAUUUCACCAUUUCACAGCUUUUAAAUUUAUAUUUUAUAACUUACUGUUAAAAGUAUUUUUAUUUUUGACGCCUGUUUUCGGUUGCUGACUCGAGAUCCAUUGACUACAGAGAUAUUCUGAAAGAUGAAACCUUGUAAUACUUAAACAUUCAUGAAGAGAAUGAAAUAAGUUUGUAACAUCACAGAAACAGACACCAUCCUGAAGAAAACGGGGAGUGAAUUCCUCAGAAUUUUCUCUACCAUUUACUCUGAGAACUUUCUUUAUGUUGAUUUCUUUGGUAGUCCUCACUGGUGACAAACAUGUUAAAUUUUAUUGAAGGAGUUUCUCCUAGGGUGUCGGCCACAGUGACCUCUCUGAUUGGGCAACAGAAUUAGAUGUCCUGACACUAAUUACAGCAGGCUACCUGUGAUAAUAUGGCAGCUCAUAUGCCUGGUUGGAUGCACACCAUGCACGGUGUGUUAGGCAUGUGAUGUCAACAUAUUUCCUCAGGUUCAUGGAGUGUUGGCAACUGUGGUCAUUGGUGUGUGUGUGUGCAUUAAUAGGGCUUGCAUGAUCAGCCAAUAGGAACACAGGACAUCAAAUAGAGAGCGUCACUUGUAUGGUGAGCUCUGCUUUGUCGAUAUAUGGGCAUCUGACAUAACUCUCUUCAUCUCUGUCUCUUGGUUUAUUAACAAUUAUAUGUACUAAAUUUUUGACGCACGUGGAUAUGCUUGAUCGCUUAUGUUAGAUAGCUAAAUACAAAUAGCUGGUUAGAUAAACAAGAUGUCUAAUUAAAAUGUCUUUGAAUUUAUCAGAGAGUAGAAGCAGCUGUUGUGAAGAAUUUCCCAACCAGAUGAAUUUGUUAAUUUUUCAUAAAUUCUGUGAAUUCUUUUACUGUGUUAAACAAUUGCAGUAAAUUUGGGUCAGUGACAACAACAAAACUUACUUAAGAGAUGUUGAAAUGAAUUAUUUCCUACAAUGUUUCACAGACCUUCUAACAAACACAGCUUAUGGCACUUGUUUUGAUUGAUUUGUUUGUAGUAUUUGAAGCUGGAUCAUAUGCCAUUUUAAUUGAAGCGCGAAACUUUCAUAGCAAAAUUGGCCAGAAUGGGAGCAUAUUGUGCUUCCUGGAAUUUACUGUGCAAAUGUUUGAUGUGACUCCACAAGUAAGUAAAACCCAAGACCAUCCCAAUUUUUAAUUAAAAUGAUUUGUAGGAAGAUCCAUACUUCAUCCUCGAAAACAAUCUUUUGAUGGCUUUGAAUCGUGACCUUUUUGUGAAUGGAAUGAAACAAAUCCACUUUCUCUCUCUCUCUCUCUCUCUUUAGCCGUAAAAUGAUCCUACUUUAUUCCUGAAACAACGAGUGGAUUAUAGGAUACAUUCUUCUUUAAGUUUACUUUCUUUGCAACUACAUCAAUUUGUUUUGCAUCAGUCUACCAUUCACUCUGCUGAUUGAAGUCAGCUACAAACAUACUGCAAAUUGCUUUUUUAACCCUGACCAUAUUAUUUCAGAGAUAAUCACUGAUGGUCCUUAUAAUCCAUCUUCAUCAUGAAUUUAUUCUGCUUUGUGUUUGAUUUGGGGAUUGUUGGUAAUGCUUAAGAAUUUUAAUUAGUGGUAAUGACAAUACUAAGUCAACUUGCAAGGAUUUAUGCCAAUCAACUUGAUUAUUUUGUAAUGUAAUUUACUGUUGUAUUUUACAUCAUGGUGGAAGAUAUCUUUAGUUAAGUUUUAACUUACCCCAUCCAAUCAGAAAGCAAAUCAUAGAUUUUAAUGAACUAUUGUAGUGCCAUCGAGAUUGGACAGCUUAUAUAAACUUAUUGUCACAACUUUUACCCAUUUUUCUCAGGUUUUAAGUUGCACUAUUUUACAUGUAUAAAGUCACUACUAAAAAGGAAAGCUUUUCGUAGAAGUCUUAAUUAUACCUGAGAAUUAUGUAGAAAUAAGUCACUGAUCUUAACUUGCUGUUUGAUUUCUCAUUCCUUUUGCUCUGCUUUCCUGUCACUUCUUGCAGCCAUAAGCAUGUUUGGCAGUUAAUUAAUGAAGGAAUGUACAUACGGCAUUUACUUUGGGGGCAAUAGUAGAAAUAGACUAAAAUUCAUCUUCUAAAUUGAAUUUGUACAAAGGAAUUUUGUAACUGUGGUGAUUGACAACUUCAAAAAAAUCAUGGAAGUAUUUUACUGCAUUUUAACAAGUGUACUUAAAAUAUAAGUAGGCUAUUUAUUGCACUCAUUGCUGUUUUCAAAUGGAUUGUUUACCAGCUAAGAAUAAAAUACCUGCCCGUUACUAUGCCAACAAGAAAA